AUGCAUCGCGCACUCCUCAUUGCCAUUGCUGGCAUUAAUGCCUUGUCAACCAAGAGCCAGGGAGCCUCGUUGGAGACUCUGGACAAUGUAACCUUUACCAUAAAGGGCCACCCGGACCUGAUUGUCCCUCCCGAGUCUCUGGAUGCCGUGUCCCAGGGCCUCUGUGACGACAAGGGCUUCGAUGCGAACCCCCCGCCGCCUCUACCCCAGAGAGCAACAGCAAACGACCUCAAGUGGCAGCCCGCCCUGGACUUUGACACGGACAGCUGCUACAACGUGCCUGCCAUCGGGCCCGACGGCCACAUCGACCAGGGCCGCUCCCGCCACGAGACAAACACAGAGGGCUGCAGAGACGAGUACGACCUGGACCACGGCAACGUCUACUCCCGCCAGCGGUGCAACAACGGCUGGUGCGCCUACCUGUACGACUACUUCUUCGAGAAGGACAUUGGCGACCGCAUCUGCAUCGGCCACCAAUACGACUGGGAGCACCUGCAGGUGUGGACGCGCAACGGCGAGCCGCAGUUUGGGUGCGCGUCCGCCCACGGCAAGUACAAGGCCAGGCUGUGGAAGGACUUGCCCAAGGAGGGCACGCACAUGAAGGCCGUGUACAACAAGGACGGGCUCAUCGGCACGCACUACUUUCGCUUCUCCAAGGGGGCGGGGGACGAGCCGCCCGAGAACCACAAGCACGUGUGGUGGAGGUCUUCGCUCGUGUCCUGGAACGGGUUCCCGACCCUGCAUCUGAGAAGCAAGCUCAUGGCGUAUGACUUUGGGGCUGCGGACAUUGCGCUGUCGGAUGCUGCGUUUCCAAAGAACUUGGAGCAGUGCGCCGGUCAGAUUAAGCACAAGUUUGCCGACUUCAAGUUUGACUAUACCCGUGACGAGGGGUCGCCUGGGAGUCCGUGA